UUCUUGCUGCCGCCCGGAACUCGACGCCGACCGACAUCUAGCAUCCCCAGAGUCUCCCAAACACCAAAACGACCAGUGCGGGCGCCGCUGGUGAUGUGAGGUCGUGUCAUGGCCAUCCACUACUUGAUCCUGCUCUCGAGGCAGGGCAAGGUCCGCCUUGCGAAAUGGUUCACCACGUUGAUCCCGAGGGAUAAAGCCAAGAUCGUCAAGGACGUCACCCAGCUUGUCCUGGCCCGGCGCACGCGAAUGUGCAACUUCCUGGAGUACAAGGACACCAAGAUCGUCUACCGCCGAUACGCCUCGCUCUUCUUCAUCGCCGGCUGCUCCUCGGACGACAACGAACUGAUCACGCUCGAGAUCAUCCACCGAUACGUUGAGCAGAUGGACAAGUACUACGGCAAUGUCUGCGAGCUCGACAUCAUCUUCUCCUUUACAAAGGCAUACUAUAUCCUGGACGAGAUCCUCCUCGCCGGCGAGAUGCAAGAGAGCAGUAAAAAGAACAUUUUACGCUGCAUAGGACAGCAAGACUCGCUGGAGGACAUGGAGGUCGAGGACGAAGUUACAAGGAUCAUGUAGCAUGGUCCAAAGCGUCUUUUAUUGCCAUAUCUACACAGCGUAUCUGCAUAGGCAACAUCAAUACUAUUGGAUCUUGGGAGUACCGAGAUUACGUGGCGCCGGCACACGAGGCUGGGUCGCCGGUAAAGACUCAUGGCUAAUCCGAACCUUGGAACAUUGUCUUUAUAACAGGAUCACGAGCAUUUUGUGUCGACCCUCAAGCAAUCUGGAUUCAUGUGAACGUGUACGACCCCACACCGCUUACCACCCGAGUUCUCCAUCGAUUCACGACCCGACGCCUCGCCGACAGCGACGAGACUCGAGCCAGCGCGGUAUGAAGUGAGUGUGCGGCGGGAGCGAUACGCGGAGGUACGGGCAAGACUAUCCGAGCAGUGCUGGAAUGGAUACCAACCUAGACCAUCUCGGAGAGUGAUAAACAUUCUCUUUACCUGUGGCAAUGGACUAGAUAGUUCUUGUGGGGUGCCGCAUGGAAUGUUGUAGCCGUCAGAUCUGACGGGCAGAAGCCACGCUGGCUACCUACCGACCUACAUGGUGGAUCGGGUUGAGAAGCGAUGCGCGACCAUGCAGGAGGCAGCUGGAUCGGAGCUGAGGAACUAGAUGCUUCGUCAAAUCCAGCAAAACAACGUUAGAGAUACUAAUUUGGUCGAUCGGCCGGCCCUCGUUCCACAUGAGCCGUUAUGAGCAGACCUUAGCCUGGGGUUUGCGGUCGAACCGGCA